GACAGUCACGAAUAUUGGUAGGAAGCAGGAAGAGGAACAGGAGUCGAGAGGAACGCGUUAUGCACGCGCGCGUGUGUAUAUGUCGUACAUUGCACAGCAUACGGCAGCGUACUCCAGUGCAGUGUCCGUCGUUGACGUUCUUCGUGUCGCCACCUCGUCAAAUGUCAAACGUCGUCCUAGCGUUACCCACGAGCUGAGUCUUGCAAAGCGAGAAGAGCUGUCGACUGCGAGCAAGAGAAUCACUUGUUUGUUCACAGCAGCCCGGGAAGACCCACGGAGGAGAUCGACGAGAAAAGUCUUGUGGUGAAAGUGGAAAAAGUAUUGUCCACGAGGAACAUUCUUCGCGCCGAUGAACUCUUCGAUCGCCAGCAAUGGAGCCCGAGGAACCUCUGAUACAAGGGAUUCUGUUGUUACCGCCGCAGGGAGUGUUAGGCCAACUCAAGAAAACAUGGCACAAGAAAUUUUGUCAACUGUUCAGAACGAGCAACUAUGGAAUUAAACGUGUUGAGAUCUACGAUAGUCAAGAAGAAGCGAUAUUACAAUCUCAUUCUCCACGUAUCAUCACGCUAGACGCUUGUAUAAAAAUUGCACCCAGCAAUCAAUCACAUGUCUUUACUGUGGUGACUAAAUCAGGAAUAUAUUAUUUUGGCUGUUAUUCGGAAAAUGAGAUGACUCAUUGGAUUACAGCAUUUCAGUUGGUUGCUUUCAAAGAUAGUGUAUCAAAUCAAACAAUAGAAGAAAACAAUGAUCUGUAUUGCACUACUGGAGAAGGUGUAUUUUCUGUAAAAGUUAUAGAAACGGAUGCGUCUAAGCGAUGUGGACUCGAAGUAAGAAACUAUACAUUAGUAGUUGCUGCCGUGGAUAUGAAAUUAAUGGACGGUGACAUUGUCCUAUUCACAUGGCCAUAUAAGUAUAUUAGAAGAUACGGAUACAGAGAUGGAAAAUUUAUCUUUGAAGCUGGAAGGAAAUGUGAAUCUGGUGAAGGUGCGUUCCACUUGGAGUAUAGUAGCCAACAAGAGAUCUUUCGAUGCAUAUAUUCAAAAAUGAGAUCUAUGAAAAAGCUAUUAAACGAAGAGAAUAGUCCAAACAUAGAAUGCAAUGACGCUCAGUAUCACGCAGCUUUGUCUAUGGAAGCUGGCUCUAGAGCGGCUUUACCUCCAUCUCCAAAUAACUCUAAUAAUCUAAUCGAUAUAGAUUUCCCUGUGCCACAGAGUUCUCAAAAACCAUUAACCUCAUCGUCAUCUAAUUCAGAUUCUACCUUGUCAAGCAAAUCGAUAAAUAAGUCUAAACCAGCUAAGCCACCACGAAAAUAUUUUGGUAAUCUGCUGGAAAAGAAGAAUCUCGAUUCGGAAUUUCUAGAUUUACCUACGUGCGGGGAAUACAGAACAUUAAGUCAAGCUAAUUCGCCGGAAUUAUCUCACAAGUCCAUGUGCAGUGUUAUGCGUGAAGAAGAGGAGAAACAUCCGUACGAUCAAGUCGAAAUAAGAAACGAUGCGUGGAAAACGCACGGUAUCGAUAGCGUUCAUCACACCGAGAGAAUAAAUUCGAGUUUGCCCGGAGAACGAGACAAAGAGAAUGAUAAUGACGAUGUACAAUACGAGCUCAUGAUGCCGAUACGAAAUCAUGAUACGUCAUUCCAAAAUUCAAAAUGCAAGAGUAAGUGCGGCGAUUCCGCGUCAUCAAUACAAAAUAUCGCCAAAACAGAUGAGUCAGAUUAUGAUAAAUUGGAGCACUUUGGAUCCGUAACAAAAUUCGGUCCGAAGCCUACAUACAAGUAUACGAAUUCCUCGCAAAGCCUACAUUCCAACGCGUCUCAUGGGGAAAGUUCUAAUCUUAUUAAUCCAGCAUGGUCCAAUUAUGAUAUCGUCGAGGAUAUGUCUGCCGUUAGAUUAGCCGAUGACAGUCAUCUGGGUUACGGAAUUAUCCGUAAAAAACAGGAUUCUUCCGAGACGACUUUCGCCGGAAGUAAUAUCGCGAGUGGUCCGCAACAUAAGGUUUUUAAUAACAGCGAAUACGCGAUUGUAUCGAAACCAAAAAGGGUAUAAGAUAUCCCCAAACAUUCGAGUACAUUGGAACCUCUCAGAGAGAAGAUAAUCUGUGAGAAUAAACCACGAAAGAGUAUAUUGUGUCCUUUCAUACAUAAAUAAUUCCCGAAUAACAUGAAUAGAGAUAAAGAUCUAGCCGAAUAACAAUGCACAGUUACGAGUGUAUAAUAUUUAAUAAUUUCUUCUAAUAGCGUAAAAAGGACAUGUUCAUACAAAUUUCGCAAAUAAUGUGUGGAACAAUACUUUCUACUGCUCUAAAUAAUGGGAUGAAAUAUAGUCUCGUUAUGGUAUAUGAGAAUCCUGUAAGAUCUACUUUUAAGAGGUUCCAGUGUAUCUUUUUAAAGUAUUAUAAUUGCGCGACAAAUUCUCUUUAAAUUUACAUUUCCAAAACUUUUGUUCUCUUAUAUAAUUAAUUAUAAGAAUGUGAAGAAUAUGCUAGUCUGUGCCCACGAGUCUGUGGCUCGAGUAAAUUUAUUUCUCGCUUUACAAAAUUUCACUAAAAUCAUUCGUUUUCUGUAUCUAUUAUUUAUAAAGAUAGAGAGAAAAAAAGAGACUUAGUCUUUUUAUUAAAAUUUAAGCAUCUAAAAAUCCUACAAUUGUGCCUUCUUGUGAAAGAUUUUAUAUUA